AUGGCAGCAGUGUCUCUACACCCUGUGGCUUCUCGUGGCGGAGAGCAGUCAGCGACCGUCGUCUCGCUCCAACUGGGUGUCCCUAGCGCCGUCGAUGGGAAUCGACCGCCAGACCACUCAAUCACCGAUGAUGCUCAGCCUUCAUCUACAUCCGCUGAGCCUCUCGCUCUUCCGACCGUCGAUGAAGCGCACGAAUGGGGCCUUCAGCAUCGGGAUCUCAGUUUAUAUCCAGUGCUAGACGAGCUUUGUCUGGAACAAGAGCGCAACGAGGGCUCCUCAAUCUCGGGGCCUUCUGCUCGUCCUGACCACACGGGUCGUGGAAGCGCUGAUCGCACCUCCAUUCGCGCACUGAGCGCUUCACAGCUCGCAUCCCUUCACGAUGCUUACGUCCACCUCGACGUGCCUCAUCACGUCGUCUUUCCCUUCCUGCACGGUGUUGACGGCAACAACGCUGCGCAAAACGCAUUCUUUGGCGCACCUCCCAGUGGUCAACCGACUCCAAACUACCGUGGUUUGACUAUCAUUCGAGCUGACAUGCCUACACCGGAAGAGGCCAAAGCGAUGCAGCGCAGGCGCGCGUCUUCUUCUGCUUCUGGAUUGGCACUGCGUCGCGCUUCCGGCCGUCCCCGCUCUGGCUCAAUGGGCGUGCUGACGAUGAGUGUCGGACACGAAAGUCCCGACGAGACUAGUCCCUGCGGUAGCGCUUCAAGUAGCAACAACAGCAGCGACGACGGUAUUUCGGAUCGUAACGCGCCUUCUGCAGCAAGUCGCACCCAGCUCGGCCACUCUGGCUCCAGUACGUCAGUUUCGUCGUCGCUGAUCUCCUCGGACAUGUCUUCGCUGUUCUCAACUGCUGCAGAAAGCGACGAGGGCUCCGAAAUGACAAGCGCGAGCAUUGCUUGGCCGCCCUCUGAUGGACCAUGUCAAUCACUUUCUGCCACUCAGCACGCCAAAUGCGAUUCCACCUCACCGCCGUGGGAGUCGAGCACCGCUGGUCCAGGCAAGCAGCGUCCUUCGCAAGAGUAUUCGCCUCAACCAAUACACAGUUGGCUGAAUGCUUCAGUCCUGCCGAGCCAGGUGAUUGUGCCGCCGUCUCAUUCGCGCGCAGAAGACCAGUACGAGGACCUCGCUCGCUUCGUCGAGCCAAAGCAAGCACCAGGUGUUAGCCUCCGCAAUUUCCGCAUACAGUGCGCCAGAUACGCUACCAUCUCCGACAUCGCCGUGUACUGUCCGGCUGGCCUGCAUGACGGUGUACUUCAAUUAGCAAGGUGGAUACGAGACGCUCAGGAGCAAAUGUACGAGGAACGCAUGAUACUCGGACUCGGUAGCUUGAAGUACAACGUCUUUGUCGUGACUGGUAAGUGUCGCCAUCGAAUGUACUUCAGAGGCCGCUCCUAAUAACGCUUCGUGUCUUCGCUCUCAGACCCCUUCCUAGCCUUUGAGCGCUCUCACCAACACCUGGUGGCAGUGGACAGUAGAGGGAUUCGACGGCAUCACGUCGAGUUCAGUGAGCGCGAGCGCGAAGAGAUGCAGCGGCUUACAGCAGCAAGCGAAAUUGACGAUCACGUUUGGGUGAGCUCCACAGUUGCUGUAUGUCCUGCACUCUUUCGCUCAUGAGGCUUACCAUACCUUCACAUUAACUCGGGUCAACGCCACAGAUGGGCUCCACGGCCGACGUUCCCCUGCCCAAGCCCGAAAAUGCAGGGCCGUAUCAGCUUGACGGAAUUGACCAUGCUGGAACAAGACCGCAGGAGUCGAAUCCCCUAGGCUUUGCAGUGUGCAUCGAAGCGCAUGAUGGCGCAGAGAUCCCACAACCGUCAAAGUUGAGCUACGCAUCGCACCUUCUCGACAGCAUGGAAGCUACCGCUGCGUUCGAGCACGACAGCAAGCAAGCUCUCCGCGAUCUCGAAGAGGACGAUGCGCUCGAAGCACCCGCACCUGCUGCCGAGCGACCUUCAGUCUCUCUUGGUCCCUCUGGCUGGACGCCGAGUGCUAUCAGUCGCAUUUGCAGAAGUGGUGGACGUCGCAUGCUAUCUCCAAGCAGCAAAGACGGUUUUGGUCACGACAGGUCGUCAAGUCCACAGCCCACUCCACCCAGCAACAUGCAACUGUUCAUAGCUCCGGAUAACGUCAUCCAUCUGGAGCUACCGUCGUCAAAGACGAGCUUCGAGUCUGGCGCCCAAGGCAGAGGCCUUGAAUGCGCCGUGGAGGGAAUCUUGAACUUGUGCGCUUGGAUCAAGAGGCAAGCUCAGCCUCACGACAAGCAGUGGCCGAGUAGUCAUGUGCCAAACGGCUCGACUUUUGUGCAUGGCGCACUCCGUGGCCACGGCUCGCGCACCUCCAGUGGUGCUCAUCCUUCUCUUAUGCAGUCGACAACGCAGCAGCUCCCUCGGCGCGUUUUGCUCCACUGUGGAGAUGGAUACACCGAAACGUCCAUUCUUGCACUCUCUUACCUCAUGUAUGCGCGCGAGCUGUCUCUGCCAGACGCCUACCUCGAUCUGCAGCAGCGCUGUGGACGCUCCUUCUUCGUCUACGGUCGCGACCUGCCCUUCCUGAAGCUGAUCGAAGACCGCAUCGUUGCACAACGCGACUCCAUACGCAGACAACGAGAGGAGCGCGAUCGCGAGAUGAUGAGUCGAUCCACCUCACCGUCCAUUCGUUCGCCAAAGGGCAGGCAUGCAUUCAGUUGGGGACUCGCUCACGAUGAAAGCGGGCCAAAGCGAUCGGCGAAUGGCUCACGUCGAGGUAGCAGCAAUCGUCGUGAUUCCUCCAAUGCAAGCGCAGAAGACGGCCACUCGGGAAGCGCCGUAGAGCAGAGCGUCUGGGCGCGUGGACUGGCUGCAGCCUCUGGCUUCGUGUCCAGUUCUCAUGCUGCAGCCAGCGUUCGCAAAGCGCCCUCGACUCCUUCUCUUAGCCCUCAAUCUCCUUGCCCGGAAGUACGCAACCGCACGCCAACACCACGGUCUCCCAGCACCCCACGAAGCCCUGAGAAGCACGUUCGUCUCUCGAACAAUUCGCGAACGCCAGCUGCAGCACCCUCGGUCGACCAUCGCUGGUUCUACGACAGUCGCUUCGAGGGGUCCUUUCCUUCUCGCAUCCUCCCCUUUCUCUACCUAGGCAAUCUGAACCACGCCCUCAACCCUUCCAUGCUGCACGCCCUCGGUAUCACUCAUGUGGUGUCCGUAGGCGAAACGGCGCUGAGUCCACCGUGGGCAGAGGUGAACGCAACCGUCGACGAUCGUGGCACAUCUAUGGGAGCGGCAAUGCCUUCCUUACCUGAGCACCAAAAUUCACUUUGGCACGAAGAGCGCGCUGGUCGCAUUUCGGUCUUGGAUCUCAAGAAUGUCUCGGAUGAUGGGAUUGAUCCGCUCCGAUCAGCCAUGCGCGAAGCAGUCGAGUACAUUGAAAGUGCUAGGAGAUCUGGAGGCGCAGUCCUUGUGCACUGCCGCGUUGGAGUCAGUCGCAGCUCUACAAUCGUCUUGGCGUACGUCAUGGCACACCUGGAUCUGACUUUGGUGGAGUCCUACUUGCUGGUGCGCUCGAGGCGCCUCAAUAUCUUGAUCCAGCCCCACCUCUUGUUCUUUUGGGAGCUGCGCGGCUGGGAGACCUACUUGGCCCGACAGAAAGCGAAAAGGAUCGCACUUCUAUCGUGCAGCAAAGGCAACUCGCCUGAAGAGCCCAUUGAUCCGCGCCUACUUGAUUCGCUCUCCAAGAUCGAAUUUGACACUGCAAACUCGCCACUGAGGGGCAAAGAUGAGCAUUCUCAGGCAGCGAGGGGCGAAUCUGAAAUCCAUCCCGCGGUGCGCGAUGCUUUCGAUCUGGACGUCGAUCUUGCAGCAGGUGCCGGAAGCAUUCACCACAAUCCCGAAGGCAUCAACCCUCAGACGGCCGCUGUCAUGCCAUUCGGAGCCGGCAGUCCAAGCGGCAUCCCGGCUACUGCUCUACGGCUCACAUGGGGCUACUUGUGUCACGAAAUCACCUAUCUCAAUGAACGCUACUUCAUCUAA